CAACUAUCAGUCUCACUUUCUCAACCAUCCACAUCCUCAUACUGCCCAUCCAUCUUUGCGCGCCCUCUGUUCUUUCUUUCGGGCUUCGCAUUCGCACCUACCCAUCCCCGCGCGCCCACCAUGCCCGACAUUGACGGCAAAGACGACCUCGUGUCGCGUGCCAUCCUCCGCGUCGCUGAACAGACACGUUUCCUCGUCCCGUGGACCGCCCUGCCGUUUGCGAGCGCGAGCCUCGCUGUCGCUGGCCUUCUUCAAAACCUCACGAGCCAGACCGUGCACGACGUGUACUUCCCUUUCGUGCGCUUCAGCGUCUUGCACGCUGUACGCGUCGGUAUCGCGUGGGCGGCUAUGACGCGGGGGCGAAAGCCCGUGAGCGUGUCUGCCGACCUGUUUGGGUUUCUCGUCAUUGCGUGGGGCGGCGGCACGCUCGUCUCAUUGCUCCUCGGCACCCCGCCGGCGUGGCUCGUUUCGCCCGUCCCCUGGGUUGUCUACACCGCCGUGUAUCUCUGCACCAUCCCGACCAAGGUCGCGAGCCUGCUCGGCUCGGCGCCCGCGUUGCCCCUUGGUCUCGCCCUUUCCCUAGUCGAUGGGCUGACGCGCGGCGUCUCGGUCGCCUCUAUGCCCGCGCUGACCGAGGCCUCGCCCCAGACGGCGGGAUCAUGGCUUGCACCCGCCGUGCUCGGUGCUAUCGCGACGUGUGGCGGCGGUUGGAUUGCGCAGAUGCUCGGCCUCGCUAGAGAGUCGUGGGCGAUCGGAAGACCCUCCGUCCUUGGCGGCGGGGUGUGGGACACCCUCGACGUGUGGGCCGCCAUGAUUGCGGGCGUGGCCUACUCUGCCCUCGACGGGCGCUACCCUGCGCUGCAGAAGGUCCGCCCUCUGAUCGCGGAUGCCCUCCCAGACGAUCUUGAGAUCAACGGCAGCGUCGCGCGCGCUGUCGCCGUUCUCAUCUUCACUGGCCUCUUCGCCUUGCGCACCCUCGCUGUCUACUUCCGCCCCGCGGUUAAGGCCACCGAGCACCGCAUCCAGGCCAAGGCUGCCAGCUUGCCCUCCAAGGCCGCUGCGCUGUCGGAGAAGACCAAGGCCGAGGUGCCUGUGAUUCAGGCCGCAAUGCCGUCGGAGAAGGCGCAGGCCAGCGUUCCUGCCGUCACGACUGCGACGCUCUCGGAGAAGCCUAAGCCUGAGAUUCCCGCGGUUAAGGCGCAGACGCCCAAGGCUCACACGCCCGAGCCCGAGAUGCCUCGCAGAUCUACUCGAUCCUCGCGCUCCAAUACCCCCGCAACUCAUACGACGCCCGCCGUCGGCGAGGACACCCCGAAGAAGGCGCGUAAACGGCAAUCUAAGAAAAAGGCCGUGUCGUAGUUGUCUGUAUCUCUCGCCCUACUACAGCCAUCAUAAUGCCACACCCUCGCCUUCGCACCUCUCGUACACAUGCAUGAUGAGAUACUGACUGUUG